AUGGAAUUUAAGAAUCCAUCAUUCGUUCCGUCAAUCGAUUUGGCGGCCGCUUCUCUUCGUCAAAUUCCUUUUCUUGAAAAAUUCAAGAAACAUUCCCUCUAUUCAAGUGACUUUCGACAAAUAAAUCACUCACUUUUUCGAAAAAUGGUGGGACAUUACAUAUUGUUUUUACAGUUGGGUAAACGAAAGCACUUAAUCGUACCUACUUUCGACAUAGAUUUAAUAUGGCAUACACAUUUACGAAGUCCUACACAUUAUCGAUUUACGACAACUGCUUUAUGUGGCUAUGUGCUGCUCAAUCAUGAUGAUUCGAUUGAUGAAAAGACUCUAGCAGGUGCUUUUUCAGACACCACACAUUUGUGGAAUUCCACAUACAAUUCAACGUAUAGUCAGAGUUCGACAAACAAGCGUACACAACCAUCAACUACUGUCGAUAACAUUUUAGCUUUCGCGUUACCUAUUGGUUUCGCGAGCAGUACUUGGAGCCCGUUGCGCGGAGUUAUCGGUGGUAGUGGAGACGGGGGUGGAUGCGGUGGUGGUGGUUAA